GCUCCAGGGGUACGGCAUCACCAAUCGGGCUCAGAUCCCGCGAAAGCAGGACAGGUGCCCGCCGAUGCAUUUCCUUAUAUGUUCUUAUAUAAAACUCUGGGUUCCCGUUGGAACUCCUUUUUCCUCUACUGACCUUCUCCGCCCGUUCUCUUCCUGCGUAGAACAUCGGCGCCAUGGCAGAAAUAGUUCAGGUGGACUCGGAGGCAAACUCACGGGAUGAGAAAAUCAGCACCUUCAGAGAGAAAGACCCUGAGGCCUACGCGGAGAAGGUUUCAACCGAAUCGGGGGUAAACGAGGAUGACAGCAUCGAUGAAGCGAUUGGAGACAUCACCGACGAUAUCGUCCUCGAUAGCGCCUUGCAGCUGGUCACCAAAACGCUCGAUGUCACCGAUGACCCAAACUUGAGCCCCUACACCUUCCGUGCCUUCUUUCUGGGUAUGGGACUCGCCUGCUUCGGAGCAGUCAUUGCUGAGAUCUUUUACUUCAAGCCGCAGACUAUCCUGGUGAACGCCAUCUUCUUGGAAAUCAUCGCCUUCGUCCUUGGUGAAGCAACGACUUAUAUACCUCGAUGGGGCCCGAUCGGCCGGUUCCUUAACCCGGGCGACUUCAACGUCAAGGAGCAUGUCUUCAUUACGAUCAUGGCCUCUUCCGCCGCGGUUUGCGCUCUUGGUACGGAGCAAUUGGCUGUCCAGUCAUUGUACUACAAUGAAACGCCAAACGCUGGGUCUGCAAUCUUCAUGCUCUUGUCUUCCCAGAUGCUUGGGUACGGUUUCCUCGGCGUGAUGAGAAAGCUCUUUGUCUACCCGACGAAGAUGUUGUGGCCCCUCCAGCUGCCCCUGGCGUCUCUCUUCCAAUCCCUCCACCUCAACAAGGCGCUAGCAAAGAAGCGCCUUAGGGUCUUCUGGUGGGUUUGCUUGUUCGUCAUCUGCUGGGAGAUGAUCCCCCAGUACAUCUUCCCGUUGACCGCUGGAAUCUCGAUCUUCUGCCUUGCAGGCCAACACAACGAGGCAUUCACCUAUCUCUUCGGAGGAGCAAACGGUGAUGAGGGACUUGGAUUUCUGAGUUGGUGCAUGGACUGGCAGUAUGUGGGCACAGAUUCUCUCGUUCUGCCGCUCAACACCCUGUUCAACCAGUUCAUUGGAUAUAUCAUUUGCAUUGGCCUUACUACUGGGAUCUACUGGGGAAAUCUCUGGAACGCGAAAACCUUCCCCUUCAUGGGUCAGGUCCUGUUCAGAGCGAACGGCUCUGAGUACAACCAAACUGAAAUUCUUGGCCCGGAUAACCGAGUUGAUGAGGAGCUACUUGAUGCCUACGGACUACCAUGGUUCUCAACCUCGAAUGCCAUGUCUCUUCUUGUCUUGAAUAUUGGCAUUACUGCAGCUAUUGUCCAUAUCAUCUGCUGGCACUGGAAGGACAUCCGAUCUAUUUUUGUCUGGAUCAAGCCAUCUGCAUUGAAGGCUCACUACUAUGAAGCGAAAGCUGAUGGAAGAUACAAGUUCUGGGCAAAGAGCACCUACGUCGAGAAAUUCCCCGGUACUGAAGGCGACCCUCAUUUUGCCGGCAUGAGACGUUACAAGGAGGCUCCAACCUGGUGGUACUUCUUCGUCCUCGUUGCUUCCCUCGUAAUUGGUCUCAUUUGUACUUAUCAACAGAAGACCGGUCUCCCAUGGUGGGCGUUCCUGAUCGCCUGUCUUAUUUCCUUCUUGCUUCUUGCAUUCUACGCUCCUCUCUACGCUAUCACUGGCUUUUUCUACCAGCCCGUUUCAGCCGUGCAGAUGAUUGGCGGCUUCAUGGUUCAGGGCCGUCCAGUUGCGAACAUGAUGUUUACAUUAUACGCAUCCAACUCCUUGGUUCAGGCAUUAUAUAUGCUUGGGGAUCUGAAACUCUCUCAAUACACCAAACUUGCACCACGAGCCUGCUUCACUGCCCAAAUGAUCGGCACCAUCGUCGGAGCAAUUCUCAACUGGGUCAUGAUGAACUCAAUCGUCAAGAACCAGCGUGAAGUCCUCCUCAGUGUUGAGGGAACCAACAUUUGGUCCGGCCAGAACGUGCAAUCCUACAACGCUCAAGCCGUUGCCUGGGGUGGUGUCGGCAACAAGAUCUUCGGCGCCGGCGGUACCUACGUCAUGGUGCCCAUCGGCCUGGCAAUCGGGCUCGUCGCCCCUAUUCCAUUCUGGCUGGCGCACAAGUACUUCCCCAAGUUGCGCCUCAACGAGAUCAACACGUCCAUCAUUGCGACUUGGUCUGGCUGGCUCUCCGUCGGAAUCAACUCCUCCCUCCUCCCCUACUUCCUUUGGGGCCUCUUUUCCCAGGCCUACCUGCGUCGUAAGCGCGCAGUGCUGUUCGCCAAGUGGAACAUGAUCGUCACCGCCGCCAUUGGUGGCGGGGUUCAAAUCAUCGUUUUCGUCCUUACCUUUGCCGUCUUUGGUGGGAGUGGUGAAGCUCACCAGUUCCCGCUCUGGUGGGGGAAUAAUAUCGAGGGGAAUGUGGAUAGGUGCAAGUACAUGAACGGUAGUUAGAUCUCAGUUCCAUAUUGGCGGGAUCGUGCGGCGCUCGGGUAUGUAGACUGCUGCGUCUUUGUAUUGCAUAGUCAGGUCCUUUUGUCUUCUAGCUGGCUAUGAACAUAUAUUAUGAAUACAUUUGGUCUUCCACCGUG